AUGUCCUCGGAUAGGUCACCGCUCCGAAAGUCUCACUUUCGGUCCCAGUCUCAAUCGCCGUCUCAGCAACCGCACGUGAGGCCCGACUCUCCCUCCACCAGUGCACCUCCCGCCGCAGGCAGCCGUCGCAUGCCUACCCCUGGCCAGUUAUCUCGGAGGGGGUCUGUGGAUUCUUCCACCCUCCAAGUUCCUGCCGAUGUUAAUGAUUCACUAUCGGGGCCGAUGACGGCUAGCGCAUCCCCCUCUGAAGCUACCGCCACGGAGCCGCCCAGCACAUCCGCCACCCCAGCGCCUUACGGCACGCGCUCACGAGGGCGCAAUGCUGCUCCCCGGCCCAACUACGCCGAGGACCGUGACCUUGAUGUCGACCUGGAGGUUCACAACCCCGCCUCAAAAUCUAACAAACGCGGCGGUGCUCCCACUAAUCUGACUAACGGCACCAAACCCGAGGGAGAAAAGUCUGGCUCUCGAAAAAGCCUAACGGCCGCCAACGGGUCCAACUCCACGGCUGCCAAAGACGGUAUCCCCGGCACAUCGUCCUUUCACGCAAAACUAGAUGAGCCUGCUCCGUCAUCAAAUUCUUCACGAAAGCGAAAGCAGCCUGCGAGCUCCACCACCAACGCUACCAACGAGAAUGCCCCCAAGAAAGUCUUCACCGCCGCCCCCGGCGUCAUUGCAGGUCAAGGUGAAUCGAACAUGGUCACUUUCGACAAUGGGGGUUCCCACUUGAAGAAUGGUAAAAUCACAGCCGAUGAUGGCACUACAUUUUCAAUCAACGAACAUGUCUAUCUGAUUUGCGAACCGCCAGGGGAGCCUUAUUACUUGGCGCGGAUAAUGGAGUUUCUCCCAAACAAAAAUUCGCCAUCUGGCCCGAUUGAGGCGCUCCGCGUCAAUUGGUACUACAGACCACGUGACAUCCAGCGAAACGCUGCUGAUACGAGACUGGUCUUCGCCUCGAUGCACUCCGACACAUGUCCGCUUACGUCGUUACGUGGUAAAUGUCAGAUCAAACAUGCCUCCGAAAUUAAAGAUCUCGAAGACUACCGAAAAACGCGAGAUUGUUUCUGGUACGACAAGAUGUUUGACCGGUAUAUCCACCGCUACUACGAAGUUAUUCCUACGAGCAAAGUAAUCAAUGUCCCCGGAAACGUCAAAAAGGUUCUCGACGAACGGUGGCGAUUUGUUCUUGUCGAAGUUGGGAAACGAAAAGAACUGACGAGCGCGGUCAAGACGUGUAAGCGAUGCGGUUUAUAUGCUGCUAACACCGACUCUGUGGAUUGUGCUGUAUGUCACAACACAUAUCACAUGUACUGCGUCCGACCAGCGUUGACGAAGAAACCGGCUCGAGGGUUCGCCUGGGCUUGCGCCGCCUGUAGCCGAGCGCAGGAGCGGAAACUCGAGGCUCGACACACGCCCAUGCUUGGCGACGGAGCCUCAGAAGCACCGGAAGCAGACGAGGAAAUGGUUGAAGAGGAGGAAGAAGAACAUGCGAACGGCGCCCCCAAUGGCACUACAGGCAGUACCCCCGCACCGAUCGAGGAAGAAGCGCCUCGACCAGCCACGGAAGAACAGAUUGCGCAAGCUAGGAUGUGGCCAUAUCGCUACUUGGGGAUCCACUGCCGAGUUGAAGAUGCGCUUGAUUACGAUGACCGCAUUUAUCCUCGGGCUAGUUCGCGAUUGGGACCUCGGCAUCAGGCUAUCGUGAACCCGUGGCCCGGACGUCCGGUGGAAUACGUCAAGCCGGUCGAAAUCAAGAAGAAAUACAUGAAGAGCUCUGGAGGUCGCAGGGACAAUAGGCUUACAAAGGAAACUAUUGCUGCCAUUGAAGCUGCGAAGAAGGAACGGGCUGCUCGACCAACAUGGGUACUCGAUGAGCCUGCCGGAUUCAUCCGCCGAGGCGAAGAUGAACCAGUCUUAAUAGCCGGAAAACAAGUGCGCACUACAGAGACGCUGUUCAAGAUGCCUACUGCAGAACAAAUGCCCAGCAGAGGAGAAGACGAUGGGCCUGGGGCAGAUAUCAGCCAAGCGGAUCGGGAAAAGUUUAUCGACGAAUACAUGGAGCGCGCGAAACAGUUGGCUCCCGAUUUAGGUGUUGAGAAGCAUUCGACAAAUUUUCUCGAUAAAGCCUUGGAGCUCCUGUACGCGCAAAGCUUCAACGUUGACGCAGCGCUUGCAAAGUUGAAGCAAGUAAACAAGUACAAGGACCUGAAGGAACCCCAUCUGAAGCCCGAGGAGGCCAAGGCUUUCGAGCAAGCAGUCUCAAAGUUCGGAUCCGAAUGGCGCAACAUCACCAAACACGUCGGAACCGUGCCGCAUUACCAGAUCGUACGGCACUACUACAUGUGGAAGAAAACGCCUAGGGGCCGACAAGUUUGGGGCAACUACGGCGGUCGAAAGGGCAAGAAAGAGGCGAAGCGAAACAGCGCCGCCAAGCUCGUGGACGAUGUCGCGGACGACCACGAUGAUUCGGCAUUCGAUAAUGACAAAGCCGCUGAGAAGAAGCGUGGCUUCCAGUGCAAAUUCUGCUUGACGCGAACCUCACGACAAUGGAGACGCGCCCCCGGAGUACCUCCAGGCACCACAGUUCCCAGCGAGCCUGGGUCGAAAAAGGACAAGGGCCCACAGCUCAACGUUGCCCUUUGCUUGCGUUGUGCUCUUCUGUGGAGGAAGUACGGCAUCCAGUGGGAGAACGUGGAUGAAGUAGCAAAGAAGAUCGGUCAAAGUGGUAACAAAUCAUGGCGACGUCGCCUCGACGAGGAACUUCUGACCCAACUAAUUGCUUCCGAGGAAGCCGGACCUGCUAAUAUCAGUACCUCCACAGCCGCUACCGCAGCUUCGCUUGGUGUUGCUGUAAACGGGAACUCGCAAGUACAGGUCGAUGGCAGGAAGAAGGGCCGAGUUGACAAGGAGAGCACGACGACCUCGGCGGCUACCUCGGUGGAGCCUGUCACGAAGAGAAAGGCCGUGAACGAAAAGGUAUCAGAGCCAACGCCAAUCGAGCCGGAACCACCCGUGCCCAAGACACUUCCUUGCGCCAUUUGCGCCAAGAUUGAACCCACAGGGGACCAGUACCUAUCAUGCAAAGAUUGCCGUCUAACCGUCCACCGGAACUGCUACGGAGUCAGUCCCACGCAAAAUACUGUCAAAUGGCUGUGCGAUACGUGCUCAAAUGACCGAAGCCCGCUGAUUUCCACGUCUUACGAAUGCGUCUUGUGUCCUGUGACUUGGACCGAGCAUGAGCUGAUAGAAGCGCCAAAGACGACGCACAAAAAGAAGACGGAAAGGGACCGCGAAAAGGAGAGGCUUGAACGAGGAUUGGUAGCAGGUGCAAUCAAACUCUACCGGGAAAAGCAGGAAGCGGUGGGCAAGCCAGUCGGCCCCCGAGAAGCUCUCAAGCGAACCGCCGGCAAUAACUGGAUUCACGUUGCCUGCGCAGUAUGGACGCCUGAAAUCAAGUUCAGCAAUGCCAAGGAACUCGAGGCUGCCGAGGGGUUCGGGCUGAUUCCUGCUGAUCGGUACCGCGACAUUUGCAAGAUUUGCAAGUCCAACAAUGGCGCUUGUGUCUCCUGCCACUUCAGCGGUUGCAACGCCCGCUUCCACGUUGGCUGUGCGUUCCAGGCGAGGUACAAGACUGGGUUUGAUGUGACGCCGGUGAAGAACUCUAGGAGAGAUAGCACAGCGAGCAUUCGACUCGGGGAUGAAGUUGGUACAGCGACUGCGGCGAUUUGGUGCCCUCAUCAUGCUGUCACAGGAGUCAUUCACGAGACCGGUCAAGCAGCGGAAGACGGCCUCAACGCGAUCCAGCUGUACGUCCGGACUUAUAAGCAAGCGGAUCUCAGCAUAACGGGAACUGUUCGGAGAGCUGCUUAUCUUCAGCAGGCCGUUGCCGCCAAUCACAGCACAACGUCUGGAAACCGACGAUCGUCUAAUGUCAACGGUACCGCUACUCUACCUGUGAUGACAAGAGAGAGACCCGCACCUGAAGACAACCCCGAUGAGAUGGAGAUCGACUCGGAGCCUCGUCCUUCGCAGAAAGUUGGCGGCGCGGAUGCGAACAGAAAAUGCGUCACCUGCUCGACUGAUUCUAGUCCCAAAUGGUGGGCUAUUGAAUCUCGUCGGACAGCCGCUAGCCAUAGGACGCCGCCAAUUAACGGAGUUGCACCGUCAGCAGCGAGUCCCCCUUAUCUUUAUGGACAUUCUCAAUCGUCUCUUCCUGUGCUUAACGGCGAUUAUAAUUCUCCAGAGACGAUCGGUCCUAAGGAAGUCUCGCAAGUUUAUGAGUGCCACAAGUGCCAUAUCAGGAAACCAAAGGUCCAACCACCGUCUCCGGAACCGCGACCGUCGCCUUAUUCGGCCCCACGACCACCACCCGUCCUGCCCACACCUCGACUGGAUUAUCACGGCCAUCCUUAUGGCACCUCCCAUGGUCAUCCACCCCAGCCAGCGGGGAUUUCCCGGCCCAUUGGUCCGCCUGUUAACACAAGCCCCGAGCGGUUUCCGGGAUACGAACGGGAAUAUGGAAACGGUGUCCCGACCGCUGCAUAUCGAAGUGGGCCACCACCACCGCCGAUGCGCGUCCUGAACGGCUACCAGCCCCCCGUGCCCCCCGUGCCUCCCGCGCCUCCAGCGCCUCACCCUGCUGCGUCGCAUUACGCCAGCAGUGCGCACCCCACUGCUGCCCAGCCCUACCCAGUUCACCAAAGCCCAUAUGCACCGGUUGCUAUGUCGCCGCACCCACCAGCAGCGCCAGCAGUCCGUCCGUAUGCGCCGUCCGCGUCACCGCCUGAUGCCCCGGCAACCAUGGUGAGGCACUCCCCGCAGCAUUCGCUCAGCGCGUUGAACGGCGGCGCUCCGCCUCGAAUGUAUUCAGUUGAGCGCGUGAUGAGCACAACGCGGUCACCGCCCGUCUCUCAGGCACACAUCGACCGCCGGGGUCGAACCCCACCAAAUAGGCUGGACGAUCCGUUGAUGAUGAACGGUGGCCGGCAACCGACCACGAACGGGACGAGCGGCAGCUCUGGAGCCAGCGCCAGCCCGUCAUUAAAGAACCUCCUUUCCUAG